AUGGGCGCCUCUGGCAUCACCCGGCCCAUGCUCAUCGAGCUGAACAGCGAGCCCGACCUGAUCUUCGUGUUUGACCUGCGGCCGUGGGCGAGGAAGGCGGCGGUGUUCAGCAUACUCCAGACGCUCUUCGUUUGCGUCAUCCUGCUGAUCGGGGCGCUGGCCUUCAGCCACGACGCGAACGUGCUGGUGCUGCAGCCGAUCGAGCGGAUGAUCAACAAGGUGGAGAGGAUCCGGGACAAUCCGCUCUUCGCCAUGAGGCUUGGGGACGAGACGUACAGGGAGGCGCAGGCGCAGGAGGAGGAGAUUGCGUCCGCGCCCGGCGAAAACGGCAGGUGGAAGCGCUGCAUGGACUCGUGCGGCGCCUGCCGCCGGCGGCAGCGCAGCGCCACCAAG